AUGAUUGAUGCUGAUUCAUUUAUGAAAAAUUCACCUUUUCAAGUAACUCAUCAGAACGAUGCAGCAUACAACUUGAAUAAUACCACUCCGGACUUACUCAAGUUUCAAUUGCAAGAUGAAUAUCGUAAUAAGAUUUCUGAUUUGAAGAAUAAUUUUCAAGAUUUGCCCAAUCUAAACUUAUUGAACUCUAAUUUUUUACAAGGGUCUUUCAAUAACCACUUACAGACAUCUGUCACUGAGAUUCCCUCGCUAUCUUCAACCCCUACUUCAUCGGAUUCCAAUGAAUCUACUUCAACUCCUCAGCCAAACCACCACCCAAACUACUUGAAUUUAAAGAUUUUGAUUGAAAACUCGGUAUUUGAUACUUCGAAGAUUAAUAAGGACUCAAUAUUAUCGCUUUCAAAUUUAAAUAACUUGAAAAAAUUGAUUUCUGAUAAAAAAGAAUUGCAAAAUUAUCUUAAUUCUCGUAUUCUUAUCUCUAAUCAAUUCACUGAUAAUAUUAUUUCAAAUCAAAAUCAAAUUGAUUUGGAUUCAAACUUAUUGAUCAAGAUUUUGAAAUCAAAUCAAGCUUUGCAAAGUCAAUUACUUUCAAUUAAUCAAGAAGUUGAUUACUUAACAAAUCGUUUAAAUAACCAUAACUUGGCUUGUUUGGUCUUGGGUUACGUUGAAGAUGUUCAUUUAUCUACCACUGGUGCAUCUAACCAAAUCCAAGCCAUCUCUUCCGAUACCCCGAUGUCAUCCGAAUUGAACUCGGAUGUUCAAUAUAGUAAUAACUUAUUUGAAAAUUUAUUCUCUCAUAUCGCUGCGAUAGCUGCUCAGCGUAAUAUCACUUUACCUUCCCCUCCAUCAUCAUCUUCAACUUCCUCAAGUAUUAGUGAAUUGAAAAUUAAUUGGGCCCAAAGCUGUAUUGAUACCAUAUUGUCAAAUGGUAAAAAUUUCCCCGGUAUUGAUUUAGAACCAGAAACUCCUACUCGUGAACAAUCUCAUGAUCGUGGUAACUCAGUGUCAAACUCAAUUCAAGAUGCAUCUUUCCUUUCUGCAUCCCCUUAUAAAUCUUAUAAUUCUUCCAAUGAUAAAGUCAUGCAAGAAUAUAAAACAGCCUUGACUGAUUUAAGAUUUAGUCAUCAUUACCUCAUGAAAGAAUACGAAAUUUCAAAAGAUAAUUCUUCUAAAUUAAUUCAAGAAUAUCGUAAAAAAAUUAGUACUUUGGAAAAAGAAUUGAAAUCUCAUCAAUCUAAUCCUGACGUUUCAGGAAGUAUUCUUUCAACUAAUGAUAGUUUUUCUUCUGCUACCACUAAUUGGAACAAUGAUUAUGAUAAUAUCAAUUCAAAAGAUAAAGAAAUUAGUCGUUUACGUAAAGAAUUAAACUUAUUGAAAAUUGACAAAUUGGGUCAUCCUAGAAACAACUCCCAAAUUUUCUCUUCAAGUCCUCGUCAUAACAACUUAUCACCAAGUUCUAGUCAUGGUAAUAUCAAUUCUCCUCCUCCAAUGCAAUCUUCUUUAUUACUUGACAAUGAUACUUUAGAACCUCCUUCUCAUGAUGAUGAAAUGAGUGAAUUACAAUCUCUCAGUAGUGCCAUGUCUACCACUAGGCCAACCUCAGUUCAAGGAAGUUCCAUGAGUAACGGAAUUUUAAGAAAAGAAUUCAAAAAAAUCGUGGGUGAUAUUCAAGAUCAAUAUGAAUUAGAAUUAAGUGAAGAAAAACUCAAAAGAAGACAAUUACAAGAACAAUUAGCUAAAUUACAAAAUGGUGCUUAG